GAAACUAGAGGAGUUGAUGAGGAGAGCUUGGUCCAAAACCUACCUAAAGACCUUAGAAGAGACAUUAAGCGGCAUCUCUGCUUAAAUUUGGUUAAAAGGGUUCCUCUUUUUGCAAACAUGGAUGAUAGAUUGCUUGAUGCCAUUUGUGAAAGACUCAAACCUAGUUUAUACACGGAAAAAACUUACGUACUUCGUGAAGGGGACCCUGUUGAUGAGAUGCUCUUUAUUAUCCGCGGUCGACUGGAGAGUGUGACAACAGAUGGUGGGAGAUCAGGUUUCUUUAACCGUGGUGUCCUGAAAGAAGGUGACUUCUGUGGAGAGGAACUCCUCACAUGGGCAUUGGAUCCUAAAUCUGGUUCUAACUUUCCACCUUCUACUCGUACUGUGAAAGCUCUGACAGAAGUUGAGGCAUUUGCUUUAAUAGCCGAAGAACUGAAAUUCAUCACUAGUCAGUUUAGGCGCAUCCACAGUCGACAAGUUCAGCAAACCUUCCGUUUCUACUCACAGCAAUGGAGGACUUGGGCAGCCACCUUUAUUCAAGCUGCAUGGCGCCGAUACCGAAGGAAGCGUCACGAGCUUAGUCUGAUUGAGUAUGGAGAUGAAAUAUCAGAAGACUACAGUACAGAAGGAGAUGACGAUGAAGACGACAUGCAUACUGGACUACUUACUGGGACUACAACCAAGUUCGGUGCAACAAUGUUAGCUUCAAAGUUUGCAGCUAAUGCUAUGCGUGGAGUUCAGAAGAUCCGUAAGGGAUUAGGUUCGGGUAGGAUGUUGAAAUUGGCGAAGCCAAGUGAACCUAAGUUUGAUGCUGACUAAAUCAACUGCUUAUCUUGGAUGAUCAUGUUAUAUCAAGCACAUCUUCUACCUAAGCCCUACCUACUUGAAUUUGCCGUGCCCUUUUCAGAAAAUUAUCGAGUAUGUCUUAUCCAAUAAAGCAAAAAACUACUUGUUCUAUUCAUGCAAACUUCGUCCGAUGAAUGAAACAGCAAGAAUGAUUCAGAUCGCGAAAGCCUAAAAGACUACUGUUGGUUGUUGCAUAAUAUGUAUACCAUUCAGAUCGACAGCGCUAAGCUUCUACUCAAUUGCCAAUUUGCCACAUUCGUUCCAGUAAUUCUCAAUAAUUUUUUCCUGUCUA